GUAGAGGGCAGUCAAUGCAACAGCACCUGAAGAAGAGGUACACCUAGAACUAUUUUUUUAGGUUUUUUUUUACCCCCACUCUGCUCCUCUCCAGUGAUGAAACGAAAUAAACUUCACAGCUGAGAACAGUCUUUGAACCCACAACUAGGAAGCUGUAUAAUCUUUAAACUCUCUCCUUCCCUGUUUAAUUGUGUGGAACAGGGAAGGCAGACUGCACAGCCUGCUUUUCGAGGUCUCUUUUCACUUUUGAGUUUUUUAGUGACUUGUCCAGCUGCCCAAAAACAGAUAGCAGUUGGUUGAAGAAAGUGGAGAUCUUCCUUAAAACUGUGGGUAUAAGGAAAUGCUAGAUUUAGUGAUAUCACAGAGCCUGUCUGUAACCAGUGGGUGUUCAGAGAACCUUAAGUUUAACCAUUCCGACAGCCACCCAGACUCUCCUGAUGACAUAGCAGAUAAGUCAACGAAAGUAUCUUGCGGAGAGAACUUCCUUCGUUCAGGCAUCGGCAAAGAAUCCCAACAAUUUGCACCUGAAGUGAAUUACUCAAGGCACUACCCUCAUAUAGUGUCACCCCCAUCAAUAUCAGCUAUGGCUGCCUACGGACAGACGCAGUACAGCGCAGGGAUUCAGCAAGCUGCGGCGUACUCGUCUUAUGCCCCUCCGGGACAAGCGUAUGGAAUUCCAUCUUACAGCAUCAAAACAGAGGACAGUUUAAGUCAUUCUCCUGGGCAGAGUGGAUUUCUAAGCUACAGUUCGAAUUUUAGUACACCUACCCCAGGGCAGGCACCGUACACCUAUCAGAUGCAUGGUCCAACGGGGAUUUAUCAGGGAGCCAACGGUUUGACCAACACUGGCUCAUUUGGUGGUGUGCAUCAGGAAUAUUCGUCAUAUCCAGGCUUCAGCCAAGGUCAAUACCCACAGUAUUACAGCGCAUCCUAUAACUCUCCCUAUGUACCAAACAAUAGCCUCAGCCCGACAGCAAUCUCUACAAGCACAUUCUCACUUCAAGAAUCAUCUCAUCACAUCUCAAAUGAGAGCACGGAAUCACUGUCUGUAGAUUAUACGCAUAACGGUCCGUCUACGCCAAUAAAAGAUUCAGAAAACGAUCGACAACACAGAGGGUCGGACGGAAAAUUGCGCGGAAGAUCAAAAAGGAACAUCGACCCCUCUCCCACAAUAGAUAAUGAAAUUGAGCGUGUGUUCGUGUGGGAUUUGGACGAGACGAUAAUUAUUUUUCACUCCUUACUCACGGGAACUUUUGCGACCAGAUAUGCGAAGGACACCACUACGUCAGUCAGAAUAGGUCUUAUGAUGGAAGAGAUGAUAUUUAACCUUGCUGAUACACAUCUGUUCUUUAAUGACCUGGAGGAAUGUGAUCAGAUACACAUAGAUGACGUGUCUUCAGACGACAACGGACAGGACUUGAGCACCUAUAACUUUUCAGCAGAUGGCUUUCACAGCUCAGCCGCUGGUGCAAAUCUCUGUCUGGGAUCUGGAGUCCACGGGGGUGUCGACUGGAUGAGGAAAUUAGCGUUCCGGUACAGGAGAGUGAAGGAGAUGUACAGCACCUAUAAAAACAAUGUCGGAGGGUUAAUAGGUGCUCCAAAGAGAGAAACGUGGCUUCAGCUGAGGGCAGAGAUGGAGGCCCUGACUGAUUUAUGGCUCACUCACGCACUGAAGGCUCUGAAUUUGAUACAUUCCAGACCCAACUGUGUAAAUGUUUUAGUUACCACCACCCAGCUAAUACCAGCCAUUGCUAAAGUCCUUCUGUAUGGACUUGGAACAGUCUUUCCAAUUGAAAAUAUAUACAGUGCAACAAAGACAGGGAAAGAAUGUUGCUUCGAGCGAAUAAUGCAACGGUUUGGGAGGAAAGCUGUGUACGUCGUUAUCGGAGACGGAGUUGAAGAGGAACAAGCCUCAAAAAAGCACAAUAUGCCAUUUUGGAGAAUUUCAUGCCACGCCGACCUUGAGGCUUUACGACAUGCUUUGGAGCUGGAAUAUUUGUAGCAGAUUGAGAGCUGAGUGAUGACUGUCAUGUAAGUCUAUCAAACAAUGUAAUUCAUCAAGAAUUUCCUCUUGGUCACAGCUACCUAGAAACAGAUCUUCAGCUCGUUCCUUCCGUGAAAAGGCUAGGACAAUUCAACCAUAACAAAUGGACAGUGAAGACUUCCUUGAAGGAAAAUAGCUUAUCCCGAUGGAUAAUUUGUAUAAUUUAAUUGGAUGCAUAUAUCUGAACCUGGACUUGUGAGGUUUUUCUUUUUUGUUUUUUUUUACAUGAACUAUUUAUAAGCACAAAACGACUCAACGUCAUGGGUCAGUUUGUUCAGGAGUCAGCAAGGAACGAUCAUUCUUGGUCGGACAUCCCUUUCUAUACAAUGCAUUACCUUUCACAGGACUUGAUGGAAAUAAGAGUCAAAUGUUGGUUUUAAUUUUGAUUUUUUUUUUUUUCUAAUUUAUGGACUAUUCUCAAUUUCCUGUCAUUACUCUCCUUUAACAGAUGGGGAGGGAGGGUGUGCAUCGAUUUUAUUUAAUAAUUCUUUUCUUCACGGCAAACUCUGGGGACAAUCAUGUUGUGUACAUUAGUAAUGGCUGGUAAGGAUUAUUAUAGUUCUGUUUUAACAUUGUACAGAUGGUAUGUGGACUGCGCAUGUGUCUACGACGUGCCUUAAGCUUACCAUCUCUGGUUUUUAUAUAUAAAAACAGUAUGUUGUCAUGAAUGAAAGGCAUUAAAUAAACCUAAGUUUACAUUUUGGGGACAAAA